CUCUCUCUCUCUCUCUCUCUCUCUCUAUUCCUUAGCUUCAGUUUCACAGCAAAACUGAUACAAUAGAAAGAGAAAGAGAGCAUGCAAACCCUGAAUUAUGUACUCUUCACUUCCUCUUAUUCUUUUCUUUCUUCUUUUUCUUGCUCUACUUUGUGUUUGACUUUGUACCAUCAUCAUCAUCAUCAUCAUCAUCAUCAUCAUGGCAACCGCAGAAGUAGAAGGAGAAACAGAGUCAGCAGCAAUAGUACACUCACCAGAUAUAGAGGCUGUAAUGGAUUUUUUACGCAAAAAUGGAUUAAAAGAAGCUGAAUUAGCUCUUAAACAAGAUAUGAUUGAGAAAAAUGAACUGGGUUCUUUCGAUUUUGAGAAGUUCUUGUUUGUUUUGCCACCUGUCAAGAUUCCGGCCUCCUUCCGGCCAUCUGAAGUUAUUGCCGGUGGUGGUGAUGAAGGAUCCAAAUCAAAUUCUGGGUCCGUCUCAGAUGAUGAGUUUGUUAGCUUGGGAUCCUCUACUAGUGAUUUGUGCUCUUCAGAAUUUACAAAUCCAUAUGGGCUCCGUUCUGCAUCUCAGGCUAAUUCAGAAACAUCAUCAGAUAGGUUGUCUCAAUUUGGUACAGCACGUGAUUACCCCGAUUUUGAUUUGCAAAAUGACUUCUACUGGUAUGAUGAGAAAGACGAAGGAAACUUCAUGACACCAUCCUUCAAUGCGCUGGACUACCUUGGUGGUCCAAGCGAGGAUAAGUUUGUCAUGACAUCAGAGACAGUAAAUCAAUCUGAAAAUUCACUAGGUCUAUAUGGUAACACUGAAGAAUUUGAAGUAGAAGCAAAUGAUGAUUACUUGGACCAGCCUUGUCUUUUUAAUAUGAAAUCCAGCAAAGAUAAAAGUGAAGCUCAAGCUAUGGAUUAUUACCAUUUUGAUAAAGUAAGGCAUCCUGAAGGAAACGUUGACAGGAAUGACAGUUCAGCUGCCCUUUGCAAAUGCUGUGCUGGAGCAGGAGGAAUGUAUGACGGGUGCCCUACCGAUCAAAUCUUCUUGAGCUCCAAAGUAACAGAUUCAACUGAUUAUCAGCUAAAAUUUGGAGAUUUUCCCACUGACUAUGAUGUUGCUACUGUAAACAGAAAAAGCAAGGAUAGUAAUUACGACUCAAAUUCACAUUCCAGAGGUGACUGGUUUGAAAGCUAUAAAAAUUUAUCUGAAAUCAAACCAAAUGGAAUUGCUAAUUAUAUAGUUGGAGAGGCAAAUGAAGAAGCUGAUGAGCUUAGAGCCACUGAAGAAGAAGAAGAUGGGGAAGUUAAUACUAAUGAUCUACUGAUGUUAGACGCUCAGGAGGAUGAGUAUGAAGUGUUUGAUCUGCGAAUCAUACACAGGAAAAACAGGACAGGAUUCGAGGAAAACAAGGAUCUGCCUAUUGUUCUUAAUACUGUCAUUGCAGGCAGAUAUUAUGUCACAGAAUACUUGGGUUCAGCUGCUUUCAGUAAGGUUGUGCAGGCACAUGAUCUUUAUACAGGAAUAGAUGUUUGCCUGAAGAUUAUUAAAAAUGAUAAAGAUUUCUUCGAUCAGAGUUUGGAUGAAAUUAAACUUCUGAAGCUUGUAAACAAGCAUGACCCAGCUGAUGAACGCCAUAUUAUUCGUCUUUAUGACUACUUCUAUCACCAGGAGCAUCUCUUUAUUGUUUGUGAACUACUCCGAGCAAAUUUGUAUGAAUUUCAGAAAUUUAAUCAAGAAUCUGGUGGUGAACCUUAUUUCACACUUAGCAGGCUGCAGGUCAUAACCCGUCAAUGUUUGGAGGCGCUGGAAUACUUGCAUCACUUGGGAAUUAUUCAUUGUGAUCUCAAGCCUGAGAACAUUCUGAUAAAGAGUUACAGGAGAUGUGAGAUAAAGGUCAUUGAUCUUGGAAGCAGUUGCUUUCAGUCUGACAACUUGUGCCUAUACGUACAAUCUCGUUCCUAUAGGGCCCCUGAAGUGAUUUUAGGUCUUCCAUAUGACCAAAAGAUUGAUUUAUGGUCUCUUGGUUGCAUCUUGGCUGAGCUAUGUUCUGGGGAGGUGCUGUUUCCAAAUGAUGCGGUUGUAAUGAUCCUCGCUCGCGUGAUCGGGAUGCUGGGUCCUAUCGAUUUGGAGAUGUUAGUGAGGGGGCAGGAAACACACAAGUACUUCACAACAGAAUAUGAUCUCUAUUAUGUAAAUGAGGAGAAAAACCAAAUAGAAUACAUAAUCCCGGAGGAAUCUUCAUUGGAGCAUCAUCUGCAAACUUCUGAUGUUGAAUUUAUUGACUUUGUGAAAAGCUUACUUGAGGUCAAUCCUGUGAGGCGACCGACUGCAAGGGAGGCACUAGAGCACCCUUGGCUUUUGUAUUCAUAUGAGUCCAACUCCCACUGAAAUUUUACACUCUUGUCGAUAUGUUCAUGUCAUGUUUUUGACUAUUGUGAGCCAAGAACUUUCCACGAGCACAGGACCUGGAAUGUAGAUUUCCGGUAUCAGUUUUGGUUUGAUGUGCAUGCAACAGAACCAGCUUUGCUGGGAUGCAUACACUUGCUUGUUAAUCAACACAUAAUUUAUUCUGUACAGACCCCUGCAUUUUUAUUCUUUAAUACCUUCGCUUGGUGGAGGGUUUGUAUGUAGCAUGAACGCCAACUCAUUAAUUGGUAUAAACAGAGGCACAAUAAUAAAAUGAUCAAUGCAUUGGUAUGGAUUAGCGAAA